CAGUUAUUGGCUUAAAGUGGUGAUGUGUUUUAUUAGGGAGAGGAAACGUGUAUUAGAGGAAAUCGAGUACGAAAGCAAAUAUUACAGGAAGCACGGCGAAGGCGAAUGCUAGGGAUGUGGUCCACGGACGGACGGGUCCGACCCUGAUGGCAGCAGUGUGGGCAUGGCGCUGUGCCGGCAGCUGCCUGCCCUGGGGCUGGGCCCCCUUGCUCUGCCUGCUUCUGGGCUCCCUUCUGGCGCUGCUCCUGCCCUUGGUGGGGGAGGAGGAGCAGUGCUGCGCCACACUGCAUGGCCUGGCACUGUUGCGAUGCCAGCUGUGGGGGAGCACACAACAUACACCCCUGUACUCCACUAGCCUCACGGUGCCCGGCACAGUGUUUGACCUGCUCCCGCUCCGAGAUAAGCCAAGUGCAGAAAACAAGCUUGAGGCCAAGGCCGCCCUGCAGCAGGCACUGGAGAUGAAGAAGCAGGGCAAGAGGGAGAAGGCCCACAAGCUGCUAGUGCACGCGCUCAACAUGAACCCGGACUUUGUGGAGGCCCUCACAGAGCUGGGCACCAUCCUGGAGGAGGAGAAGGAUGUCGUCCAGGCUGACCACCUUUACUCCAAGGCCCUGGCCAUCUCCCCCUGCAACGAGAAGGCGCUGAUGAACCGUGACCGCACUCUCCCCCUGGUGGCCGAGAUUGACCAGCGCCACUUCAGCAUCAUUGACGGCAAGGUGCGCAGGCUCAUGUCCAUUCCCAAGGGCAACUCAGCACUACGGCGGGUGAUGGAAGAGACCUACUACCAUCACAUCUACCACACAGUGGCUAUUGAGGGCAACACGCUGACACUGUCUGAGAUCCGCCACAUUAUCGACACACGUUACUCGGUGCCUGGCAAGAGUCUACAGGAGCAGAACGAGGUAAUUGGGGUUGACUCUGCCAUGAAGUUCAUCAACAGCACCCUGCUUUCACGUCUGGGCUCUAUCACAAUUGAUGACAUCCUGGAGAUUCACCGACGCGUCUUGGGCCAUGCAGAUCCUGUUGAGGCCGGGCGACUGAGAACCAACCAGGUGUUUGUCGGUCACCACAUCCCACCGCACCCACAGGACCUCACCCGGCACAUGCAAGAGCUGGUGCAGUGGCUGAACUCGGAGGAGGCCUUCAGCCUGCAUCCGGUGGAGUUCGCUGCUUUGGCUCAUUACAAGCUCGUGUACGUGCACCCCUUCACUGAUGGCAACGGCAGGACAUCUCGGCUCCUCAUGAACCUGGUGCUCAUGCAGGCACGCUACCCGCCCAUCACCAUCCGCAAGGAGCAGCGUGCUGAGUACUAUAGCACACUGGACAUGGCCAAUGAGGGCGACGUGCGCCCCUUUAUUCGCUUCAUCGCCAAAUGCACGGAGAUUACCCUGGACACCCUGCUCAUUGCGAGUACAGAGCAUGCGGUGGCACUGCCUGCCGCUGGCCACCAGCCCUGCCUGGACUGUAAGAACACCAUACCCGUGCACAACUGAGCAUCUACAACCACUGUACUUUUUUCACUGCAUUUUAUGGAUAUGGACAGAUACUUGCUUGUGGAUAUUUGUUAUACAUAGUUUGCUAUAGUCAUUAUACAUUUGGUUCUAGAUAUGUCUAUUUAUUUGUGUGGGUGUGUAUUAGCCAGCUAUAUUAAACAUAUCUGCGUAAAAUGAGCUCCAUUUCUCCACAAUUUAAUCUCACUUAGUAAUAGUCACAAACUAUUUCUUUUUCGUCUGUCACAUUCCCCUUAAGUUAUGCAUUUCCUUAAUGUAUACUGUGAUUUUGUAUGCAGGAUCAUUUUCAGAUAAGUGAUACAAUGAAAAAUUUCAAAGAUAGAAUUGGAUAUUAAAAGUAGUUAUGAAAAUAUAUUUAUCAGGAAUUGGUUGUUUUUCCUUACAAUACUUAGUUGGAACUUGAAUGGACCUGUUUGCACAAAGAUAUUGUGUGUGUGUAUAUAGUCAUUUUUACAUUCCAUCAGACAUUCUACUGCUUAUUAGCUGGUUAAAUGCUUCUGUCUGUGUGAGUGUGUAACAAUCAGAUUAAGAGUGCUGCUAUGAGAAUUUAGUUUAGUUUGAUGCUGUAACCCCUUAAAUGCCUUCAUACUUGCUGUGCUUUGUUGUAAUGUGCCUCAUUGUUUAACUGUGGUAAUAUUUGCACUUUCUUAAACCCAUCUAAAGAUUUUAUUUAUUGU